CCUCACAUUCUUAGCAUUGACUGGAAGGGGAGGAAUUCCGAGGUAAGCCAUUGUGUACGUCAUCGUGUGUCAAAUCUUAGGCUGUCAUCUCAUGCUGACCAAUUCAAGUAUUGGAUUGUUCUCAUGUCUAACAGAGCUGACAUCUCAUGGUGACCAAGUAAUGGGUUGUCCUAAUGUCAGACAUGGGACUGACCAUCUCAUGGUUUACCUGGAUAGUUCUUACAAUCUGGGCACCAUCUGCCUUAGUAGCUAGACCACAGUAUAUUACCAGGAGUAGUUCUAAAUGGUGUGUGGUUCAAACCUAUCCUGACCAGAACAUUAAAAUAGUGUUAAAAGUCGAUGUCUCAUUCCAGCAGGUCACCCCAUUCAGUUGUGAUGGCAAGGCAUCUGGACGUAGUCUGUGCCACAGAACUAUUAUUUUAUUCAAUUCACACUUUACGGGUUUAAUAUAUUUGUUCGGCUCACUAACCCUAUUAUAAGUUGAGUACGGCACAUUAAAAUAGUUAAUGUAAGUGUAAUAGUUUCUAUCAGUGCCAGAAAUAGGUCCAACGGAGCCGAGAAAUGGUUAAAAUGUCUUCCAGUGCCAGGAAAUGGUUAAAAUGUCUUCUAGUACCGGGAAAUGGUUAAAAUGUCUUCUAGUGCCGGGAAAAUGGUUAGAAUGUCUUCUAGUGCCGAAAAAUGAUUUAAAUGUCCUUUAGUGACGGGAAAUGGCUAAAAUGUCUUGUAGUGCGGGGAAAUGGUUAAAAUGUCUACCAGUGUCGGGAAAUGGUUAAAAUGUCUACCAGUGUCGGGAAAUGGUUAAAAUGUCUAACAGUGUCGGGAAAUGGUUAAAAUGUCUACCAGUGUCGGGAAAUUGUUAAAAUGUCUACCAGUGUCGGGAAAUGGUUAAAAUGUCUACCCUAACGGAAAGUUGUCAUUUAUAGGUAGGCUAACUGUUCAUAUUCCCCACGGUAGGAUAAUUGUUCGUACUGUCCAAAUACAAGUUAAGAAAAACAAAUGUAUCAUUGAUUGUUUGAUAAAACAACGCCAUAGGUAAUAAACUCAUUACAUGAUCCGCCAAAGUGACGCUAGUCGGGGCGCCAUCAACCGUAGAACUGGUCCAAACUACACCCCAUCCCAAUCAGAUUAACCUACACCUCAUCCAAAUUGAGACUUUUCUACAUCCCACCCCAAUGACACUAUCCUAAACUCCACCCCAAUGACACUAUCCUACACUCCACCCCAAUGACACUAUCCCACACUCAACCCUAAUGACACUAUCCUACACUCCACCCCAAUGACACUAUCCUACACUCCACCCCAAUGACACUAUCCUACACUCCACCCCAAUGACACUAUCCUACACUCCACCCCAAUGAGACUAUCCUACACUCCACCCCAAUGACACUAUCCUACACUCCGAGGCUAUCCUACACUCCACCCCAAUGACACUAUCCUACACUCCGAGACUAUCCUACACUCCACCCCAAUGACACUAUCAUACACUCCACCCCAAUGAGACUAUCCUACACUCAACCCCAAUGAAACUCUAUUCUAUCCUACAACCCAAUGAAACUCUAUCCUACAACCCAAUGAAACUCUAUCCUACACCCAACCCAAUGAAUCUCUAUCCUACACCCAACCCAAUGAAUCUCUAUCCUACAACCCAAACCCAAUGAAACUCUAUCCUACACUCCACCCCAAUGACACUAUCCUACAACACAAUGAAACUCUAUCCUACAACCCAAUGAAACUCUAUCCUACAACCCAAUGAAACUCUAUCCUACACCCAACCCAGUGAAACUCUAUCCUACAACCCAAUGAAGCUCUAUCCUACACCCAACCCAAUGAAUCUCUAUCCUAAACCCAACCCAAUGAAACUUUAUCCUACAACCCAAUGAAUCUCUAUCCUACAACCAACCCAAUGAAACUCUAUCCUACAACCCAAUGAAGCUCUAUCCUACACCCAACCCAAUGAAUCUCUAUCCUACACCCAACCCAAUGAAACUCUAUCCUACAACCCAAUCAAUCUCUAUCCUACAACCCAAUGAAACUCUAUCCUACAACCCAAUGAAACUCUAUCCUACAUCCAACCCAACGACCACGGCUAGAAUGAAGAAGCUCCAUUUUGACCACAUUUAAAACGUUGCCCUGCAUCAUGCAAUCGAUAUGUAAAUAAAUGCUGUGACUAACGUCUUAUCUCCAGCUGCAAGUAAACACACCUCUCACCAACACCACGCCAUCUCAUCACGUUGGAAGUCCCCCGUGUGAUGGAAUGUCAGCCAAUUCUACAAUUCUAUCAGAUUAGGGUACAGGUCGUCAAACGACUUUUUAGGGAAUGACCAAAUAGUGACUCAAAUAGUGAAUCAAAUAGUGAGUCAAAUAGAAAAUCAAAUAGUGAAUCAAAUAGUGAGUCAAAUAGAGAAUCAAUGAUUGAAUCAAUUAGGCACUGCGGGCCAAGGGGCGAGAUUUUGUUCGAUACAACAUUAAUAACAAGCUUUGUAUUUAUUUAUCUUUUUACUAAAAGUCACGUGGAGUCUUAAAAUAGUAUUUUCUACUCACGGUACACACUGGGCAUUUUAACAAUUUUUGAGAAAUUAAGAAAUCUUUUUAAAUUUCUUUACCUUCACUUUUUUUAGUCUCUUUUAUUAUUUUUAUAUAUUUAUGCUGCAAAAUAAUGUGUUUAUGUGUCUAUUUUUAUAUAUUUAUGCUAAAAAUAAUAUGUUUAUGUGUCAGCCUGUAUGCUACAUGAAAUUGUUUUUUCAUUGGCGUAAUAAUUCCAUUGGCAGACCCCAUGACAUGUGGGAGUGGCUGCUCCCCGCCCUGAUGAUUCUGUGCGGCUCCACUUCCUGUGGUGGAGCCCAGACACCAAACAUUGUGGUCAUCAUGGCAGACGACCUGGGAUACAACGACGUGGGGUAUCACGGCUCUGUCAUCAAGUAAACAACCAACAAUGGCACUUCAUACAUUACAUUCACAUAAACCAACAAUGGCACUUCAUACGUUACAUUCACAUAAACCAACAAUGGCACUUCAUACGUUACAUUCACAUAAACCAACAAUGGCACUUCAUACGUUACAUUCACAUAAACCAAUCACUGCACUUCAUACGUUACAUUCACAUAAACCAACAAUGGCACUUCAUGCGUUACAUUCACAUAAACCAGCAAUGGCACUUCAUACGUUACAUUCACAUAAACCAACAAUGCCACUUCAUGUGUUACAUUUACAUAAACCAACAAUGGCACUUCAUACGUUACAUUCACAUAAACCAACAAUGGCACUUCAUACGUUACAUUCACAUAAACCAACAAUGGCACUUCAUACGUUACAUUCACAUAAACCAACAAUGGCACUUUAUAAGUUACAUUCACAUAAACCAACAAUGGCACUUUAUACGUUACAUUCACAUAAACCAACAAUGGCACUUCAUACGUUACAUUCACAUAAACCAACAAUGGCACUUCAUACGUUACAUUCACAUAAACCAAUCACUGAAUAGUGGAAGAAGAUAUGAUUUGGCUUGAAAUGAAAAGACGACACAGUCAAAUGAACGUUUUUGCUAGAUGUCUCCUCGAGCAGACAAGACCAAAAAAAGAAUUAACAAAGAAAUUCACAUAAACCAACCACUAUCCUUCAUACAAAACGUAGACAACUCUCCAUUGCACUUUAUGGAUUAAGUGUCACAGAAUACAGGCACCAAAUAAUGUAUAUUCCAAGAAAAUCAUCAGUUACAGUGGCGUAGGAAGGGGGCAGAAGGGGUGAUCCGCCUGGAGCAACACGUUUGUCAUUAUAUGUAGGGGCAGUAUUUUAUGCCAACUGCAGACUUUUUUGUCACUGGAGGGCAGCAGCAAAAAUCUUGGCCUACCCUGUUGGCAUUAACUCUAGGCUACGCCACUGAUCAGUUAACAAAAAAUAUCAUUCAAUUAAAAAAUGUAUGUAGUUUUAUGUCACAUAAUUGAUAUCUGAACACAUAAGUCGAUAAAGUCUCCAUUUUUUUUUUUACUUAGGACCCCAAAUAUCGAUCGACUGGCCGAAGAAGGUGUACGUCUAGAGAACUACUAUGUCCAGCCUAUUUGUACUCCCAGCAGGAGUCAGUUCAUGUCUGGCCGUUACCAAAUCCACACAGGUAAAGCAGAUCCUUAUGGUAUGAAGACCAGCCACCUGCAUACACAAGCAGAUCAGUUCCUUGAACAAUAUGGGAACCUUUGAUUUUGACAGUUCUCAAAGCAUGUUCAAUAAUCAGCAACAAUAAACUAAAUAUUUUACUAAACAUUAACAAUUUUACCAGUUUAAACAUGAACAGUUCUUAACUAAACAUUUUACUCAAAAUAAACAUUUUCACCUGUUCAAAAUUCAACAGUACUAAACUAAACGUGACUCCAACACCCAAACUACAGGUCUGCAGCAUGGUGUCAUCCUACCUACUCAACCCUUCGCACUGCCAUUGGACUCUCCCACUCUUGCUGAUAAACUCAAGGAGGCAGGCUAUUCCACCUACGGAGUAGGGAAAUGGCAUCUCGGAUUUUAUAUGAAGAAAUACCUACCAACACGGAGAGGCUUCGACAGGUUUUUUGGCUUUUACAUGGGCAGUCAAGACCACUACACCCACAGGUAAGUUAUGUAUAUGGACAGUCAGGACCACUACACCCACAGGUACGUUAUGUAUAUGGACAGUCAGGACCACUACACCCACAGGUAAGUUAUAUAUAUGGACAGUCAGGACCACUACACCCACAAGUAAGUUAUGUAUAUGUGCAGUCAAGACCACUACACCCACAGGUAAGUUAUAUAUAUGGACAGUCAGGACCACUACACCCACAGCUAUGUUAUGUAUAUGGACAGUCAGGACCACUACACCCACAGGUAAGUUAUAUAUAUGGACAGUCAGGACCACUACACCCACAGGUAAGUUAUAUAUAUGGGAAGUGAGAACCACUGUACCCACAUCUAGGGUCUACAAAAAGGAAUAUCAUGGCCAUUACACCCCCCCCUCCCCCGCCCCAUCUAAUGUCUGUUAAUGGUUCAGACAGUGUCACAGUGAUGACAUCUGUGAUAACUUCACAGCAAUAACCAUUCAAAUAAACACAGGCAAGUAAAGCUAUAGGCACACUCCUAGAGACAACUCAAAAUAGUGGCUUUAGAUUUUAAGUAAAAUGAUUCUGUUGUCUUGACAACAGCCGCUGCAUCUACAACCGAUGUGCUGUUGACCUUCACGAUGACACCCCGACAACAUUUAGAAACGUGUUCAAUGAAAGCGGCUCCUACUCCACACACAUGUACACACAGAAAGCAGUGGACCUCAUCAACACACAGACCAAGAAGAAGCCAUUUUUCAUGUACCUGGCCUACCAGGCGGUGCAUGCCCCAUUACAGGUGAGAAAUUCAGGUGGUUUGUGUAGGCGCACCUGACCACAAAAUGUACUUACAGUAAUAUAUACUAGGACCAAACAACCAAAACAGACCAAAUAGGUCUCUGAGAGCUACUAAAUUAUGACAUCAAUAUUACAUCCAAUAGGUCAUGCCAAGGUACAAAAGACAUUAACCACAUAAUAAAGAUUACAUUCAAUAGGUCCCACCCUGGUAAAAAAGACCUAACGAAGACAGUAUAACAUAAUCAGCAUUACAUGAAGGUACAAAAGACACUACUAAAAGAUUAUGCCAUCUGCAACUUUACAUCCAGUAGGUCCUACCCAAGUACAAAAGAAAUGACUAAACAUUAUGACUUAUGUAACAAUAUACCCAAUAGGUCCCACCCAGGUACAAAAGACAUUACCAAGACAUAUCCAAUCCAAAGAGAAGGAAAUUCGCAGCCAUGACAACAGCUAUGGAUGAAGGAGUGGGUCAUGUGGUAGAGGCUUUGAAGAGGAGGGGAUUUUGGAAAAAUACAGGUAAAGAAUGAAUGUAAUAUAUAUUCAUGUUUGCCUUUGACUAGAUAACACAAGUUGUUAACAGCUUUUCUACAGCUCAAUUCAAUUAUUGUUUAACAUGCUUCAUUUCUGCCAGUUGCCUGCUAUGUUGAAUCAAACCCUUUUUAUUACUUUCCUACUGUGGUUUCCAGUCAAUGCUUUUGUCUCACCAAUGUGCUAUACUCCCCACCCAUCAGUUCUGGUGUUCACAACCGACAAUGGAGGUAUUCCCAGUGAAGGUGGAUCAAAUUAUCCACUGAGGGGCAAAAAGUCUCUUUUAUUUGAAGGAGGGAUCAAAGGGGUGGCAUUUGUAGCAAGUCCGCUUCUCAAAGAAAAGGUAAACACACUAUCGGAUGCAUAAGUUUAUGACCAUUGAGGAAACUCUAACUGUAGGCAAGUCUUACAGAAAUACUGCUAAAAUAUUAUUCUUUUGAAUUUAUUGUAUUUUAAAAUCCAUUUAAGUAAAAUGAUAUCGAAACACAUUGGCCCAGUCUCAUAUCUGUCUCUCAAAAUAAGGAUAGGGGCUUCAAAGUUGUCCAGCUGUGGAAAAACAACCAGAUGGAAUGGACAGUAAGGUUAUCUAUUCUAGUGGAGGCGUUGAGCCCCAAGUAAACAACGCCUAUACAAACCUAAGUCAAAAGGCAGCAGCAAACUUGGAGCUUACAUUAAACAUCCUGUACCUAGACCAUCUAAAUAUUAUACCUAGGCCAUCUCAAUCCUGUACCUAGGCCAUCUCAAUCCUGUACCUAGGCUAGCUAACACACACAAUAGAGAUGGGGGGUCAACAUAAAAAAUAAAAAAAGGUAAGAUGCCUAAAUUAUGGGCAGGAUGUGCAAAGACAACUUCCUUCCAUUACAGGGCUACAUCAACAAGGGCCUGAUGCACAUCUCCGAUUGGUUCCCUACUUUGAUCCAUCUGGCUAAAGGAAACAUGUACAACACACAUGACCUGGCUGGGAUUGACCAAUGGAACAUGAUCAGUAAAAGGAUACCAACGCGAAGAGAACAUAUCCUGCAUAACAUAGAUCCACUGGAUGUUGCCUCUGCUAAAUCACUGGGACAGUAUGUAUAUUGGCUAAAUCACAGGGACAGCAUGUUUAUUGGCAAAACCACUGGGACAUUAUGUAUAUUGACUAAAUCACGAGGACAGUAUGUAUAUUGGCUAAAUCACUGGGCAGUAUGUAUAUUGGCUAAAUCAUUAUGACAGUUUACAUUUUUGUAGCAUCAUUAAGACAGUAUGUACAGUAGACACACCAUAAAUUAAAGACAGUUUUUAUAGCAGCUAGAUCAUUAGGACAUGUAUAGUAGCUACAAUAUUGAAACAGGAUAUAUAGUUGAGUGCUUUUAUCUCCUGUUUUCAAAUUUUACUUCUCCUAACAUUAAAUAAAAUUUCAUAAUUUUAGACAAAAUAUUUAAUUAAUUUCGUAUGUUUAGCAGGAAAUCGUGAAACAAGGUAUGUUGAAGCUUGAAAUGAAAAGAAAACGUUACGACUAAAAGCCUUUUCUUGUCUGCUGGAGAAGGCUUUCAGCCAAAACGAUCUCUUUUUAUCGUCCUGCCUUUUCAUUUCAAACUACACAAUACCUAGUUCCCCUUUUUCCUUCACACAGCUUGAACACAGCCCUUCAUUUAUCAUCCUCAAGUACACAGCACAAUGAAGACUGGAUCAAUUUACUUUGAACUUUGCUGUGACAGUUUGAAAGCCCUUCAUUAGUGCUUGAAAUCACCAAGGCGUCUUUAACAUACUCUACAGCAAAGCUAACUACCAAUGUUCUUUUACCCACUUGGACAGCUUCUUUUUGCUUUUUUGAACCCACAUAAUUUGUUAUAUUGUUCUGUGGCCAGGUAUGGGAAAACAUUUGACAUUAGAAUCACGGCUGCUAUACGAGUGGGAAACUAUAAAUUGUUAACCGGAGCAAGUAAGUCAACGAGACAUUGAUUUUUUACUUUGUUUCUUAUUAUUGUAUUAUGGUUACAUAUAAAAUAAGAAGACGGUUUCUCAAUAUAAAAAUACUGGGCAAAACUCAAAUUUUAGUGAUUGGUACAAAUAUAUGUGCAUAUAAAAAAUAAGCCAUGUUAAAUUUUAAACAAGUUUGGCAUUUCUAUAUUUGUCAUAAGUAACAAACUUUGUAUGAAAUUUAUCACUAUAAAUAUGCUUUUUAAAAGAAAUCUUUAGUUAUAAAACUUAAAUUUGUGUCAAUUUUGAUAACUGUUUACUUAAGACAAAUAAUACAAACAAAAUUAAAUGCUAUAUGAAUCAAAGUACAAUUUCUAUUAUAAAGUGGAAGGCUAUAAGUCUGGUAUGUUACUGUGAGUCAUUAUUCCAAAUUGUCUGUUAACAUAGUACACGGGAAAAAAAAGAGGGAAAAGAUCUACAAGCCAUCAGACCUGGUACAAUUGUACAACAUACGGCGAGACCCUCGAGAGAAACGGGACCUAUCCAAGUACCAGCCGGCUAGAGUGAGGGACAUGCUGGCCAUGUUACAGGCAUAUAACAGCACGGCCGUACCUGCCAUGGACCCACUUCGUGAGAUUGUUCGACCAAGAAACAGUGCAUGGGGACCCUGGCGCUAGAUCACCCUAUGCAGUGCAUGGGGGGGGGGGCUUAUUAAAUCACAUCUUGCAUCAUGGGGCCCCCUAAGGUAUGAUGACAUUUUACCCUGUUGUAAGAUGACAUUUUUUAGUCUAAGAUAUUAGAUUAGAUCAUGGGUGCCCUGGUGUUACAUGAAAUCCUAUAGUGCACAGGCCACUGUCUAGUAAACAGUUCUCAAUGAUACUGCCUACUUUCCUUGUAAGGCAGGCUUUGUGGCACUAAUCACAAGACCAAAUGCAUACUACAAAGUAUUGUACAGCAGAGCUACAAUAACAAGUCAAUAAUAUGGGAUAGUGAAUUUAGCAAUGAAUCUAGUCUGUAAGACACAAAGGAAUAUUUGUUUGGCAUCAUGACAUUGUAUGUUUGGUAUCAUACUAUGUUUGGUAUCAUGACAUUGUAUGUUUGUAUCAUAUUAUGGUUGAAUCAUGACAUUAUAUGUUUCAUAUCAUUAUGGUUGAACCAUGACAUUGUAAGUUUGGUAUAAUGACAUUGUAUAUUUAGUAUCAUGACAUUGUAUGUUUGGUAUCCUAUUAUGUUUGGUAUCAUGAUUGUAUGUUUGUAUCAUUAUGGUUGAAUCAUGACAUUGUAAGUUUGGUAUCAUGACAUUGUAUAUUUAGUAUAUUGACAUUGUUCUGUAUGUUGACAUUAUAUGUCACAGUUUGAUGGCCUUUUUUUACUAUGUCAGUGACAUGAUUUUAUUAAGCACUAUGUCUGUCAUGUUGUACCGUCUGCAUGUUCCUACCAUUAUGUACACAUAACAUGUCCUUAAAAUCCUCCAUCUGUGAUCCAUGAAAGGUGACAAAGACCAGUGAAAUAAUUGUUUCAUUUUGUCAUCAACCAAACUCCGCAAUAAGGAUGUUGGAAGACUAUAUAUAUGAUUUGAAUGGCUGCCAAGUGAUUAUUCAGGGGACAAGGAGCAUAUGGAUAGGUUAAUUACUUUGACCAAUUGAAUGUCCACU